AUGGGAAAUACCGAACUUGCAUUUCAGGACCUCAAUAAUGCCAUCAAUUUGAGUGAUGGUAAAGGACUGGUCGCUCGACAGGCCUACUGUCAACGCGGACUCAUUCAGUUGCUUAACAACAAACAAACUGAAGGUAUUGAAGACAUGGAAAUAUCGGCCAAAAUGGGCAAUGAGUUUGCGAAAGCACUGGUCGUCCAAAUGAAUCCAUACGCAGCCCUCUGUAAUCAAAUGCUCAGAGAUAUGAUCGACAAGUGCCGCAAAGGCGACCAAUGAAUCUCGUAUCUCACAUACAAUUAUC